CUCCGUGGACGUCACAUGACAGGAAGUAGCCUAGAAGCGGAAGUGGCGAGUGUUGGUGGAGGAGGCGGCGGCAACGCGGACCAGGAGGCUGGUGUCGUGGAAUCGGGAAGAACUGGCAGCAAGAUGAAGGUGAAGAUGCUGAGCCGGAACCCGGACAACUAUGUUCGCGAAACCAAAUUGGACUUACAGAGAGUUCCAAGAAACUAUGAUCCUACCUUACAUCCUUUUGAGGUCCCACGAGAAUAUGUAAGAGCUUUAAAUGCUACCAAACUGGAACGUGUGUUUGCAAAACCAUUCCUUGCUUCCCUGGAUGGUCACCGCGACGGAGUCAGUUGCUUGGCAAAGCAUCCAGGAAGUCUGGCGACUGUCCUUUCUGGGGCGUGUGAUGGAGAGGUUAGAAUUUGGAACUUGACUAAACGAAAAUGUAUUCGUACGAUACAAGCACAUGAAGGUUUUGUACGAGGAAUAUGUACUCGCUUUUGUGGGACCUCUUUUUUUACUGUUGGUGAUGACAAAACUGUGAAGCAAUGGAAAAUGGAUGGUCCAAGCUACGGAGAAGAGGAGGAACCGUUGCAUACAAUAUUAGGAAAGACAGUAUAUACAGGAAUUGAUCAUCACUGGAAAGAAGCUGUUUUUGCCACAUGUGGACAGCAAGUAGACAUUUGGGAUGAACAAAGAACCAAUCCUAUAUGUUCAAUGACUUGGGGAUUUGACAGUAUAAGCAGUGUUAAAUUUAACCCAAUUGAGACAUUUCUCUUGGGAAGUUGUGCUUCUGACAGGAAUAUAGUACUGUAUGAUAUGAGGCAAGCUACUCCUCUGAAAAAGGUCAUCUUAGAUAUGAGAACAAAUACAAUUUGCUGGAACCCUAUGGAAGCUUUCAUUUUUACUGCAGCAAAUGAAGAUUACAACUUAUAUACUUUUGAUAUGCGUUCCCUGGACACUCCCGUAAUGGUACAUAUGGAUCACGUGUCUGCUGUGCUUGAUGUGGAUUACUCUCCCACUGGGAAAGAGUUUGUGUCUGCUAGUUUUGAUAAAUCUAUUCGAAUCUUUCCUGUGGAUAAAAGUAGAAGCAGGGAAGUCUAUCACACAAAGAGAAUGCAGCAUGUCAUCUGUGUAAAAUGGACUUCUGACAGCAAGUACAUUAUGUGUGGAUCUGAUGAAAUGAACAUUCGUCUGUGGAAAGCUAAUGCUUCUGAAAAGUUGGGUGUGCUUACAUCCCGAGAAAAAGCAGCCACCGAUUAUAACCAGAGGUUAAAAGAGAAAUUUCAACAUCAUCCUCACAUAAAACGUAUUUCGCGUCACCGACACCUACCAAAAUCUAUCUACAGCCAGAUUCAGGAACAGCGCAUCAUGAAAGAAGCUCGUCGACGAAAGGAACUGAAUCGUAUCAAACAUAGCAAGCCUGGAUCUGUGCAGGUUGUGUCAGAGAAGAAGAAACACAUAGUGGCAGUUGUGAAAUAAUAUUUGUUAUUCCUACCAAUACUGCUGUAUAAUCAUUUGUUAUGUUUUGAUUUGUGAACUCUACAAAUAAAAGUGCUGGCUCUAGUAUAACAGCAAAUGUUUUAGUUAUGUAUGUGUAGAGCUUAAUCAUUGCACAUUUUUACUAGCCUGAAAAAUUAUCAUUAACGAAGUGACCUGGUGGAUAAGACUAUCCAACAUUUUGUCCUUGAUCUUCUUUCUUGACUUCAUAGAAGAA